AGGAGGAGAAACCACGUGUGUCAGUCAGGCAGCCUGAGAACUGGAGCUCUGUCCUUCGCAAGUUAGCUUGUUUUUGUAAUAUCUUUGCAUGUAACCGGACAGCCGUCCCGUCAAGCGGAGAAGGCAGGCCAUUCAGCAGACUCGCAAAACAGCCCUCACAACGGACGUCUGCUGCUAACUCUCUCUCAACCCGAGGAACCAUGGUGAGCAAGACGGAUGACAUCCCAGCAUCAGUGCCCAACUGCAGCCCGGCUGAUUUUGCCCGGGACGGAGAGACAGCAAACAGCAAAGGCACUACCAGUAAGAAGGAGCCAUCGUGUGCCUGCGGGCACGGUGGUGAGACAGCAGUGAUGAACGGGGAUGCGGGUCAUGAUCAGGCGGAGGAGGCCGACUCCAAGCAGGACGGCAGUGGCGACGCAGACCAAGCAGAAGAUGCUAACGAACAGGAAGUAAUCGUAAUUCAAGACACUGGCUUCACUGUGAAGAUCCAAGCACCAGGAACCGAACCCUUUGACCUUCAGGUGUCUCCACAAGAGAUGGUACAAGAGAUCCAUCAAGUUCUGAUGGACCGCGAGGACACCUGCCAUCGCACCUGCUUCUCCUUGCAGCUCGACGGAAACGUUCUCGACAACUUUGCCGAGCUCAAGUCCAUUGAGGGCCUUCAGGAAGGCUCGCUUCUCAAAGUGGUCGAAGAGCCCUACACAGUGCGUGAAGCUCGCAUUCAUGUCCGUCACAUCAGAGACCUGCUGAAGAGCCUGGAUCCAUCAGAUGCUUAUAAUGGAGUAGAUUGCAACUCCCUUUCCUUCCUCAGCGUCUUCUCAGAUGGAGAUCUUGGAGACACUGGCAAGCGCAAAAAGAAGGGCAGUGAACUUGAGCAGAUUGAUUGCACACCUCCCGAACACAUUCUGCCAGGCAGCAAAGAGCGUCCUCUAGUUCCCCUUCAGCCACAAAACAAAGACUGGAAGCCUAUGCAGUGCCUGAAGGUUUUGACCAUGAGUAGCUGGAACCCUCCGCCUGGCAACAGGAAGAUGCACGGCGACCUCAUGUAUCUGUACAUCGUGACUGUUGAGGACAGACACGUCAGCAUCACUGCCUCCACACGCGGAUUCUACCUCAAUCAGUCCACUACUUAUAACUUCAGCCCCAAGCCAGCCAAUCCCAGCUUCCUCAGUCACUCUCUAGUGGAACUACUAAGCCAGAUCAGCGCUGCCUUUAAGAAGAACUUCACCACUUUGCAGAAGAAGAGGGUUCAGAGGCAUCCAUUUGAGAGAAUAGCCACUCCCUUUCAAGUGUACAGCUGGACUGCACCACAGAUCGAUCACGCCAUGGACUGUGUGAGAGCGGAGGACGCCUACACCUCCCGACUGGGUUAUGAGGAGCACAUACCUGGCCAAACUAGAGACUGGAAUGAGGAGCUCCAGACAACCAGAGAACUUUCUCGAAAGAACCUUCCAGAGCGCCUGCUUAGAGAGCGAGCCAUAUUCAAGGUUCAUAGUGACUUUGCCGCUGCAGCGACCCGUGGUGCCAUGGCGGUCAUUGAUGGCAACGUUAUGGCCAUCAACCCUGGUGAGGAAACGCGCAUGCAGAUGUUCAUCUGGAACAACAUCUUCUUCAGCUUGGGUUUUGAUGUGCGCGACCACUACAGGGAGCUCGGCGGAGACUCUGCUGCUCAUGCCGCCCCUACCAAUGAUCUGAACGGUGUGCGAGCAUACAGCGCUGUAGACGUGGAAGGACUCUACACUUUGGGAACAGUGGUGGUUGACUACAGAGGAUACCGUGUAACUGCCCAGUCCAUCAUUCCUGGCAUCUUGGAGCGAGAGCAGGAGCAGAGCGUCAUCUAUGGCUCCAUUGAUUUCGGCAAGACUGUAGUGUCGCAUCCCAAAUAUCUGGAGCUGCUAGAGAAGACUAGUCGCCCGCUGAAGGUGCAGCGCCAUGCGGUGCUCAAUGAGAAGGACAGCGCUGUUGAGCUUUGCUCCUCGGUGGAGUGUAAGGGUAUCAUUGGCAAUGAUGGCCGACAUUAUAUCUUGGACCUUUUGCGCACUUUCCCUCCAGACCUGAAUUUCCUGCCGGUGGAGGGGGAAGAGCUCACCCCCGAGAGCCAGAAGCUGGGCUUCCCCCGACAGCAUCGCCAUCGUCUGGCCUGCUUACGCCAGGAGCUCAUUGAGGCCUUUGUUGAGCACAGAUAUCUUCUCUUCAUGAAGAUGGCAGCACUCCAACUAAUGCAGCAGAAAGCAAACAAAGACAAGACUGCAGCUCUGCAGGACCCAAACGCUGCAGGUGGCGAGUCUGAAAACAAACCUCUGGCUCUAGAAUCAUGUGAUGGCACACCAGACUCUCCAACUUCAUCUGAAUCCACACUGACCCCUGAAGACUCUGAGGCCACCACAGUCUCUGAGAACUCCUCUCUGACCGAGGUUCCUAUAGCAAGCACCAACGGUACCCAUGAGCCUUCAGCUGCAGAGCGGCAGAACGGAGGCUGUGAUGGGCCUCUGGAGGGUAAGGAAGCUGAUGAAAAUAUUCCCGGACUUGCCCAAGCUAAAGAGCUGGCCGAGUCCUUAGCAGCAGAAGAUGGAUCUGGUAUUGACCCCAAAAGUCGUGAGGUGGUGCUUAAUGCCUGUAAAGCUGUGGGCUCCAUCAGCAACAGCUCCUUUGACAUUCGCUUCAACCCAGACAUCUUUUCUCCAGGAGUGCGUUUCCCACAUGACAGCAAUGAAGACAUCCAGAAACAGAAGCAGCUUCUCAAAGACGCCGCCGCCUUCCUGGUGUCCUGCCAGAUCCCGUCUCUUGUGAAAGACUGUUUAGAUCACAGCUCUCUGCCCAUGGAUGGAGCGACAAUGACAGAAGCACUUCAUCAGCGUGGCAUCAAUGUGCGUUAUCUUGGUACUGUGCUGGACUUUAUGGAUAACAUGCCUGCGAAAGCACAACUUGAACACAUCUACAGAAUAGGAAUCAGUGAACUGAUCACUAGAUGUGCAAAGCAUAUCUUCAAAACAUAUCUUCAGGGUGUGGAUCUCUCUGCUUUAUCCGCUGCGGUGAGCCACUUUCUCAACUGCCUCUUGAGCUCUUUCCCAGAUGCAGUGGCUCACCUUCCUGCGGAUGAGCUGGUGUCCCGCAAAAAGAGCCGCAAGAGACGCAACCGUGUCCCUGGUGGAGGAGACAACACUGCCUGGGCCAGCCUAACACCCAGCGAACUGUGGAAGAACAUCAUCUCUGAAGCACACGGCUACUACAACUUCAGUCUGCAAUGUGAAAGCGUGGACCAGGCAGUGGAGAAGUACGGUUUGCAGAAGAUCACCCUUCUGAGGGAGAUCUCAAUCAAAACUGGCAUUCAGAUCUUGAUAAAGGAAUACAACUUCGACAGCCGCCACAAGCCGGCCUUCACCGAGGAGGACAUCCUGAACAUUUUCCCUGUUGUGAAGCACGUCAACCCCAAAGCCUCAGAUGCCUUCCAUUUCUUCCAGAGCGGACAGGCCAAGGUUCAGCAAGGCUUUCUAAAAGAGGGCUGUGAGCUCAUCAACGAGGCCUUGAACCUCUUCAACAAUGUGUAUGGAGCCAUGCACGUGGAGAUCUGUGCCUGCCUGCGUCUUCUGGCUCGACUCAACUACAUCAUGGGUGAUCACCCAGAGGCUCUGAGCAACCAGCAGAAGGCUGUCCUGAUGAGUGAGAGAGUGCUGGGUAUUGAACAUCCCAACACAAUUCAAGAAUAUAUGCACUUAGCACUGUACUGCUUUGCUAACGGUCAGCUGUCCACUGCCCUGAAGCUGCUGUAUCGCGCUCGCUACCUCAUGCUUGUGGUCUGCGGAGAGGACCAUCCUGAAAUGGCUCUACUCGAUAGCAAUAUUGGUCUGGUGCUUCAUGGUGUGAUGGAAUAUGACCUGUCUCUGCGUUUCCUGGAGAACGCGCUGGCCAUCAACACAAAAUACCACGGGCCGCGAUCACUGAAAGUAGCCCUCAGUCAUCACCUGGUGGCCAGAGUUUAUGAAAGCAAGGCUGAGUUUCGCUCCGCACUUCAGCAUGAGAAGGAGGGAUAUACCAUAUACAAGAACCAGGUCGGCGAAGCUCAUGAGAAGACGAAGGAAAGCUCUGAGUACUUGAAGUACCUCACGCAGCAGGCCGUGGCUCUACAGAGAACCAUGAACGAGAUCUACAAGAACGGCUCCAAUGCUAGCAUAAUGCCUCUCAAGUUUACGGCACCAAGCAUGGCCAGUGUUCUGGAGCAGCUUAAUAUCAUCAAUGGCAUCAUUUUUAUUCCUCUCAGUCAAAAGGACCUGGAGAACCUGAAGGCCGAGGUGCAGAGACGCCAGCUGAUGCAGGAUUCUGGGAAAAUCCAGGAACAGCAGGGCAGUCAGUUAGAGCUAGAUGACAAGCUGCCUGUGGAUGAUUAACAAACCCUAAACCAACAGACCCUCUCCAGAUGAGGAGGACACCAUACAGCAGCCAUCUGUUUCAACCUGUGGACCCGGCCACUGAGCUGUCUAAUCUAACCAAUUCAAUUCGAGCAUAACAGGGAGAGGGGGGAGGACCAGCAGCAUCCGACUAAAUAAAAGUGUACAGAGAGUAGUAUGUAGCUGUAAAGAAAAACGAAAGCAGAUGUUUUUUUUUUUUUUUUCCCACACGCUCAAUCCACCAACAAACGUCUACCAGAGGAAGAAGCAAGAAAUUAAACCAAGCACUUCCUCUGAGAGUUUGCACCGAUUAAGAUGGAGGCGACCUAGGAUGGCCAUGACAUUUAUACCAGAGCCUUAUCCAUCCAUCAAUCAUCUCCAUCUCUAACCUUCUCAUCUGAGCCCAGGAUAAACCCCAAUCCGUCCCAAACCGACGCACGAGUGUAGAGAGAUCCGAGAAAAAAAACACACACCUCCUUAUCUGAAAACUCAGGUGAUUUCUACACUGCACACCAGAUGAGAGACGUUCACCGUUCAGUUCAGCAACAGAGAGAAGAGAGAUAGACGAAUAUGAAUCAUGGGCUUAAGAAUGUACAUUUUUAAAGGUCUAGUCUAAAAAGCGAAUGCUAGCAUCGUUAUUUCUACGCUCUGCCUUUAGACCGGAUCGAUGGGACUUUACAGAUGCGUGUUCUUAAACCAAUCAUUUUGGAUCGGUGGCAUCUGUAAAAACAAAGAAUCCUUUUUGUAAAAGUCCACUAGAAGCCAUUAGUACUUUCAUGCGAACGUUGAUUUGAGCCAUGUAUGUUUUAUAGAAAUGCAUCGGGGGUUAAACGGAUACUUGAUUCAUUUUGAUCGGAAUACUGAUUUGAAAUGUCCAGCUUGAAUUAGUGACUGUUGUGUUGAAUCUCUUUCUUUUUCCACUUUAAAAGUGUGUGUGUGUGUGUGUGUGUGUGUGUGUGUGUGUGUGUUUCUGUAUGUAUGUAUGUGUGUCUGUCUCAUGCUAGUGCAGAAACGGAUUCAGAGGAUUCCUCCAAAGCUGCUGCAACAGAGUAAUAUUGUGAUGAUAUUUUUAUACGUACAUCAUUAAUGGACUCGAUGGUGAAAAAUGUGCUACAGAUAUAAUGGUUCUCGAGAUCGAAAUCCGUAAACAAGAAAUUUAGCACAACAUUCAGGAACUUGAGAUUCCUCCCUAGCAGUAUUUAUUGCACUUUUCCAGUGCGUGGUUUCAUUUUGAACCGCAAAGUGAGGAAAAAGAUGGGCUGCUUUGAUGUAACAUACCAAAAAAAAAAAAAAAGAAGAAAUGAUGAUCAAGGGUGUGUUUGCUUGUAUACAUGCUUUGUGUGUGUGUCCUGCAAAUGUCAAAAUGUUGCUGUGCUCAAACUGUGUAUGAAGCAAUAUGCUGGAACUAAGUGCACCUUGGAUUAUGCACAUGGAUGCAAGAAAACUGCUAGCCUGGUUGUAUUUCCCUAUAAACGACAAAGUAAACUUGUUUAAAAACUA